CAUCGCUCUCGGGGCGCGUCUGUCCCCGCCGCGCGGGCCCGCUCCUAGCCCGGGGCUCUCCCUCUCUGGAGACGGCGGGCUCUGGGGAGGGCCCGAUCUCCGCUCUUGUAGGGGUGAGGAAAGGCGGGUGAGGAGCCGGCCCCGGUCCCAUUCCGGCGAGUUUGCCGCAGCGCGCUGGUUCCGGGACCGCAGCCUGGCUUGCCGUGUCCUGGCUGGGACACGCUUGUUUUUCCGCUGGUGCCCAGGGCAACCAGCCGGGAACGCGCAGUGCCUUGUGCCGCUCGCUGGUGUGCAAGCGGCCUCUGCGCCGAGGGUGUCGCAGCUGGCACGGCGGCGAAGUCCCGUAUUGGUCGGUGAUGUUUUUGCAGCUCUGCGUAAUGAUGCGAUUUAUCUCAGCUCCCCUCCCUGUGUAAUAGGAGAGUCUAGAUUCAGUUGGAAGAAAUCAAAAGUCUAGUUGUUGGGCAUUUCAAAGACAGCGUUUAUAGUGUUAACAUACUUGGUAACUUGAAUGGGGUAGUUUUUUUAGUUUUUGUUUGUUUGUUUUGGUAUUUUUUGUUUAGUUUUUUACUAAUUUUUAUUAGUAAUGUUUAGUUUUUUAGUUUUUAUUGAUCCUUUGAAUAUCUAUCAUACACAGUUUUGACAGUUGUUCUUUGAGCCACUUCCUCAAAGCUCUAUAUUUUUGUACCUUGAAACUUUGUUAUACUUGAUUUUAUUCUUGAUAGCCAGCCAGUUCUACAGAUCUCUACAGACAAAAGCCGUGUAUCUCAUUUUAUGGGGUUCACCUUCCCAAGAUUUGCUACCAACUUGACUGUUACUUUUAUGACUUUUAUGAACUCUUGGGCUAUUUUGUAGUGACAGUAGUUACCAGUUUUUACAUCCAGAGGUCUGGUGUCAAAAGAAAGGAUUGUUGAUACUUUUGGGAAAUAGCCUAUAUGUGAUUAGACAAAAUCCUGUGAGUGUGUCUUCUGUGAGUAUUUGCAUUGCAGAUUAGAGCUUUGGUUUUAUAUCAUAUUCUUUGAGAUUUGUUUUAAUAGCUGUUUAAAUUUGCAAAACCAUAGAAUGGAUCGCAUUGUAACAUAAUGCAGGAAGAAUAGCUGCCUCAAUUUCCAAAUAAUUGGUUAAAUUAUUCCCAUUCUGACUUUGAAAAGUAAGUAUUGUGUACUUCUGUUUAGUGCAACUAAUAACCCAAAACCUAAUAAUUAAAUUAAAGGAACUUGAUGAUUAAGUAGGAAGAAAGUCCUUUUAACAAGGGCAGAACACAUGGGAAGAGCUUAAUCUUGAAGAUUGCUGAUUAAACAUCACGGAAGCACAAGAAGAAAAACACCCACAACAAACCCAGCCCACUGUGAAUGUAACUGUUUCUUGAGACCAUUGCUUCAUUUAUAAGCUGUGUGACCGUGCCUCUUCACUGCUUGCAUUGGUAGGCUUCAAAAUACUUGUUUUGUAGCAAGAAAAGGAAUUUAGUGAAGAUAGUGGCAGAUGCAAUUUUUUAUGUUUAUUUCAUAAUCUGAAGGAAGAAUAGCAUUUGGAAUAAUGGCAACAGGAGACCUAAAUGGAAGUUUAAGAAAAAUAGAACAAGGACUUCGCUUGUUAAAUUAUCCACGAGAUGUGGAUUAUACAGUGUUAGUAAAGGGUGAUCCAGCUGCAUUUUUACCUAUCAUCAGCUAUUGUUUUACAUCUUUUUCAACUUGCAUAGCAGAGCUUUUGGUAAAGUGUGGUGUGGAACUGACAGCCAAGAGCGACUUGCGUUUUAUUGAAGCUGUUUAUAAGUUUCUUCGAGAUCAAUUUCAGUAUAAACCAAUUUUAACAAAAGAGCAGUUUCUUCAGGUUGGCUUUGCAGAAAGAAAAAUGCAAAUUGUUUGUGACGUUAUCAACUGUGUGGUGAAGAAACAUAAGGAGUUGAAUAACUCUAGUAAGGUUAAAUCCCAAACGAGAAAAAAAAUUAGACCUCUUAAAUCUGAAGUAUGGUCAAAUUGUGGUACAGGUCUUGCUGAUCCAAGUUGCAGUGCUCUGAAUUCCAAGCAGCAUACUCGAAAGAAGCCUCUAGUUGAACGACACUCAGGAAAUGAAGUUAGUGGUGAUCUUUGUCCACUACCCCUUCCAGCACAGGGAGGGACUGAGGAAGAAUUGUGCCCAGAUUAUGAUAUUGUGGAAGUUAAAUGUGAACAAGUCAUAGAAGAAAAUUCACAAAUUGAGUUUUUAAAGAGUCAGCUUGCAGAUUUCCAGGAAAAGCUUCAUAAGCUAGAUUGGAUGGAAGAUAAGCUACAAGUUUUAGAAGAGAAACUGCAAGGAAAGGUGAUCGUAGAUGAGAAGGACUGGAAUAACUUACUGAAUCGAGUUUUGCUUCUUGAAACAGAACUGUUGUUACAAUCCAAAAAGAGAGACUUUCUUAAAGACUUCAGCAAUAUAAAUCAAAAAAGAACUUCUGGUAGCAUUCCAGUUUCCCUUGAUACAGAGAGGAAUGAGGAGAUGCCAGGGAGUCAUCUUCAGUCGUCUGGAUGCGGUUCACUGUUAUCCACAGACCAAUCUCCCAAAGACAUGACCAUUAAUUCUCAUGAUCUGACAGACAUUUCAAAGGAGACAAUAAGACAAAGAAUGGAAAAGAUAAGUAAAAUAAUUGAAGAAACCUUCAAAUUGUUCAAAACAUCAAGCCCACCUCUGGGAAUACCUGCAAGCACAGGUCUUCAGACCUGGUCUCUGCAGACUUACGGAUACCAGAAAUAAUCUGUAUGUUUGUACAGCAUUAAAUUUUUUAUAUAUCGAAUUUGUAAUGAUCACCAGUUCUUUUAUUGCUUUGAAUAAAUAUUUUACUCAUGCAUCUGUGUAUUGAUUUCCCUCCCCACGACCACAAUUUUUGGUUUUAAAGACUGUUCAAAUAGCUUCUUCCCCCUUCCUUGCACUUUUGUAAAUUGAAGUCAUUACAGCAGUGUAUUCUUGUGUUGACAUUUGUUAGCAGUGUGCUAAGUAAUAUGUUUUUUAAAGUGUGGGCUUGAGGACUGUGGUUUACAUCCUGUUGGAAACAUUCCAGCUGGAACUUGCAUAUUACACCCAAGAGGCAUUCUUACAUACCAUCCUACCAUCUGUACUCUUGAAUAAGUUUUAAUAAAAAACUUACAUGCACAGUUUCAAA